AUGAACCCCGAUUUGCAGGGUGCUCCGCGGAAGCGCGGCGGCCGCAGGUACCAGUUCGACCCGGUCUCUGUAUCGGCGUCGUACCCGCUGGUGGCGGAGCACGUCCGCAAGCGCGUUUUCGUCGACCGGACAGCUCUGAAACGGCAGCAUGCCGAGAGCGUCAAGGCUCGUCGCGCUCUGUUCGAGCGCCUAUCGCAACUUGAGCGCGAGUUCGUGCGCCCGCAGUCUCUGGACGAGAUCGCGCUGCGCGCCACCUCGCUGAACGAGCAGCUGGCAAUCCAAAGGGAGACCGAGUGCGCGCUAAGGUCGCUACUGUGCGUUGUGCAGAAGGCUAGACGCGCCGCCGCAAGCGAGGAGUCUGGGCUGUUCAGCGCCAAGCCUUCCACGACGUGGGAGGAGCAGAGGUCCGAGCGCGCCGCGCUGGAAGCCCUGCGCGAGAAACGCGCCACAAAGUUCCUUUCGCAGCUCAUGGUCCGCUCGCGCGCCGAGAUGGAACGGCGCCGGCUGGUGAUGGAGGACGCUGUGCGUCGUAAGCAGCUGCGCGACAUGGAAGAGCACGCCGAGGAGCAGGAGACGCUGCUGGGCAGCGACCGGAAGCUGCUGGCGAGCGGCGUGUACAGGGGCCAAAUGAAGCCCCAAACAACGUGA